AUGGAAUUUUUUAAGGAAUUACUUACUAUUUUUUGUACCACCACCCUUCUUUUCGGCGGUGGACUUUGUUAUUUUACUUUCCUCUUUGGCUCUGCGGAGCAGAAGGGUAAAAUGGCAGUUCAACUUUCUGGUGGUUCUCUACCUAAAGAGAAAGUUCAAGAAGGGUAUGAUCGAUAUUCGUCAUUUUUCGAGCGUGGCCCUAAUGGAAAUGAAAUGGACUCCUCCGAUAAAGUCCCCGCUCUUGUUGACACAUUUUAUGAUCUCGUCACCGAUAUAUAUGAGUGGGGUUGGGGCCAGUCUUUCCACUUCUCUCCUCGUAUCCCGGGAAAAUCCAAUCGCGAUGCCACGCGUAUUCAUGAGGAAAUGGCGGUUAAUCUUUUGAAUGUGGAGCCCGGAGCCCGUGUCCUUGAUGUUGGUUGUGGGGUUGGUGGCCCAAUGCGGGCCAUCGCGGCUCACUCAGGUGCUAAUGUUGUUGGUAUCACUAUUAAUGAGUACCAAGUGGAACGAGCCCGGGCCCACAACAAGAAGGCGGGGCUUGACUCUAUGUGUGAGGUGGUUUGUGGCAAUUUCCUAAAAAUGCCCUUUGAUGACAAUAGUUUCGAGGGAGCUUACUCCAUCGAAGCUACAUGUCAUGCACCUAAGCUCGAGGAAGUAUACGGAGAAAUCUUCAGGGUAUUAAAGCCUGGAUCAUUCUAUGUAUCCUACGAGUGGGUUACAACUGAAUUAUACAAUUCAGACGAUCCUGAACAUGUGGAGAUAGUUCGAGGGAUUGAAAGGGGAGAUGCAUUGCCCGGGUUGAGAAGCUACAAGGACAUUGCUAAAAUCGCAACCAAAGUAGGUUUUGAGGUGAUUAAAGAGAGUAAUUUGGCCAAGCCACCCGCGGAACCAUGGUGGACACGGCUCAAAAUGGGGAGGAUUGCCUACUGGAGGAAUCAUGUCGUAGUAACAAUACUUUCUUGGCUUGGGAUCGCCCCUAAGGGCGUCGUCGAUGUCCACGGUAUGUUGUUAGUGACAGCUGAUUAUUUGGCUAAAGGAGGUGACACUGGCAUUUUCACUCCUAUGCAUAUGAUUCUAUGUAGGAAGCCUGAAUAA